CCGUUCCCCUCCCCAUUCCCCUGCCCCCGCCUCUUCGAGCUAGGGUUAGGGUUUGCUUUGCGUUCCCUUGGAAAUUGAUCGAAUCGGGCACCCCUAACCGGUGUCCUCACCGAUCCAUCCGUUCAUCCUUCGAUUCGAUCAAAUUUCCACCUCUCGACAUCAGCAAUCUCGCUGCCUCUCUCUCUCUCUCUUUUGAGAGAGGGGGAAGUAAUAAAAGGGAAAAAGCUAGCAAGGGGAUUUCCUUGAUCCCAUCAUCGUGCUACAGAUCCUUUAGUUCUAGCAAGGAGGAGGAAAAAGAGAGAGCAAGCCCAUGGAUCCCAGCCAGAUGAUGUUCCCCAUCUGGGGGGCGCCGCCUCCCGCCGCCUUGAAGCCGCCCUCCGAUGACCACGCCGCCGCCCCCAACGCGCAGGCGCAGCCCUUCCUCCCCCCUCCCAAUCCCAACCGCGGCUGGAAGCGCAAGAAUCCCGCCGCCGCCGCCUACCAGCCACCGGCCCUCGGCGAUCUCCAGGUGCAGAACCGCGCCAAGGCUCGCCGCUGGUUCAAGAACAGCGGCGGCGGCAACCCCAACCAAAGCCGCAAGUAUUUCUUCCCCAAGAACAAGAACAACAAGGUCGCCGCGCCGCGCAACACCACCUCCUUCAUCAUCCGGGCCAAGCGCGCCGGCGGCAUUGCCUCCCUCGUCUCCCCGUGCCCCGUCACGCCCGCCGUGCUCCCCACCCCGCGUCUCUCCCCCUCCCGCGAGGGCCUAGCUGACAUGGCCCAGGCGCAGUGGGGCGUCGAUGGGUACGGCUCCAUGAAGGGCCUCAUCCGCCUCCGUAGCUCCCCCCAGCCAGCCAACCCCAAUGCUGCCGCAUCAGAUGACGAUGAUGAGGGGAACUCCAGUGGAAGCGACGUCGAGGAGCACGUCGAGGUGGAGCGACGCCUCGACCAUGACCUCAGCCGUUUUGAGAUGGUGUACCCUGGUAGAGGGGAGGAUGCUGGGGGCUACGUGUUGGAGGACGAUGACGAGUAUGACCAGGAUGCGCAUGUGGCUCGCCUUGAGGAAGAGAACCUGACCCUAAAGGAGAGGCUCUUCUUGAUGGAGCAAGAGGUUGGUGACAUGAGGCGCCGCCUGGAGGCUCUUGAGGCAAAAUUUUCGCUAGGUGGUGGUGUUGGAGGUGGCGAGAAUGAAGUGGAGGAAGCUCCUCCUCAGAAUGAUGCAGAGAGGAUCCAUACUUGGCCAGAGAAUAGCAGCGAGGAUGAUGUAGAGAUGGUUGAUGCGGGAUCUGAGAAGGGCAGAGCACAAACUCAGGGUGCAAUGACUUCAGAGAAAUCUGGCGGGGAUGAUACCACAAAUCAGGGUGCUGCGCGCUCAGAUAAGACUGGCGGAAAUGAUGCAGGUGAACAGGAUGGUGUUGGUGUUUUGGAGAAGACUGAUGCGCACAAUGCAGAGAAGCAGCAGGUUGCUGCGGGUUCAGAGAAGGCUGGUGGAAAUGAUCCAGGUGAGCAGGUUGUUGUUGGUGUUUUGGAUAAGACCGAUGCGCACAAUGCAGAGAAGCAGCAGGGUGCUGCAGGUUCAGAGAAGGCUGGUGGAAACGAUGUGGAUGGACAGGAUGUCGUUGUUGGUGUUUCGGGGAAGACUGGCGCAGAUAGUGCAGAGAAGCAGCAGGGUAUUGUGGGUACCGAGAAGACAGGUGAGCACAGCAUAGAGAUGGUUGAUUCACUGAUAGAGGAGAAGAUGGAUGACGACAAUGGCGAGAAUGAGGUUAGGCUUGCGGCUUCACAGUGAUGAUUGAUUGGAGAUGGACAAGAGAAGUAGUAGUUCAUUCAAUGACGGAUUGAAGGGAUGCGACGUGGAAUGGGCUUGCUUUGGAGAUUGACGAUUGACAUGUUGUGCGAGCCUUGAUAUUGGCGAUAUAUUUUGUUUUCUGUCGUGUUUUCACUUUGUUUUUCUUACUACAACUUGCAGCUUCUUAUGAUGAUGAUGCAAAAGUCGCAGACAUGGAGGAAAUAACUGAGAUGAUGAAUAUGUUGUUGUAAUCAUUGUCCCAGAUGGGUGGUGUGCUGAUGUCGUGCUGUUUAUGUGUUGCUUAUUUCUAUCCAGCUGUGGUGGAUAUGUAUCUGAAUCUGAAUGUAUCGUCUGUUUAUGUCAUUUGCUUGGAUUGUAAAAUGGGGUAGCAUGUUUAUAUCUU